UUUUGGGUGGGGAGUUUGGUUUGUGGGGAGUGUGUGUGCGUGGGAUUUUUUUUUCUUUUGUCAAGCGCGAAGACAAACUUCUACCAUGGCACUGGUUAUGGAGCCCGUGAGCAAGUGGAGCUCUAGUCAGGUGGUUGACUGGAUGAAAGGGCUGGACGACUGCCUGCAGCAGUACAUCAAGACCUUUGAGAAGGAGAAAGUAGGGGGGGAGCAGCUGCUGCGUAUCACCCACCAGGAGCUGGAAGAUUUGGGAGUAUCCAGAAUUGGCCACCAGGAGCUGAUACUGGAGGCUGUGGACUUACUCUGUGCUCUGAAUUAUGGGCUGGAGACUGAGAAUCUCAAAACGCUUUCUCAUAAGCUUAACGCAUCUGCCAAGAACCUGCAGAAUUUCAUCACAGGCAGGCGGCGCAGUGGCCAUUAUGACGGCCGAGCCACCCGCAAGCUGCCCAACGACUUUCUAACUUCAGUGGUGGACCUCAUUGCUGCUGCCAAAAGCCUUUUGGCGUGGCUUGACAGGUGCUCUUUCUUUUUCAGAUCUCCAUUUGCAGCAGUGGCAGAUUACUCUGUGACCAGAAACAAUGUUAUCCAGCUAUGUCUUGAGCUCACUACAAUUGUACAACAGGACUGCUCUGUGUAUGAAACAGAAAACAAGAUCCUGAAUGUGUGUAAAACACUGUCUGAAGUGUGCGACCAAAUUAUCUCGCUCUCCUCGGAUCCCAUGGUGUCCCAGUCUGCACAUUUGGAGGUUGUGCAGCUCGCCAACAUAAAAUCCACUGAAGGCUUGGGCAUGUAUAUCAAAUCAACAUAUGAUGGUUUGCAUGUGAUCACCGGCACCACAGAGGGAUCACUGGCUGACCGCUGCAAGAAAAUCCAUGCUGGAGAUGAAGUCAUUCAGGUCAAUCAUCAGACAGUGGUGGGCUGGCAGCUGAAAAAUCUGGUGAACUUGUUGCGUGGAGAUCCUGCAGGUGUCACCCUGACGCUGAAGAAACGCCCCCAGAGCACGCUCACGUCAACCCCUGCUCUGCUGAAAAACAUGAGAUGGAAACCAUUAGCUCUGCAGCCAAUCUUCCCUCAGAGCCCCAGCAGCAGUGUCGCUACGCCGACCAGCACUUUAAGCACUCCGUCCAGGAGGAGUAGCUGCGCCCUGCAGGACCUCUACAUUCCCCCUCCUCCAGCAGAGCCCUACACCCCCAGAGAUGACAAGGGAAGUCUGCCGGAUGAUGAUCCUCAAUCAGAUGUCCAUGUCGCAGAGGGAUCUGAGUCACCAAACUCCUACUUGGAUCAGGAGUGUCGAAGGCGAUUUCCUCUGGUGGAGGAGGAUACUAUACUGUACUGUUACGAGUACGACCAGAACCAAGAGGGUGCAUCAGUCCGCAGGGGGAGCACGCCCACCUACGGGAGGCUAAGGCCCAUAUCAAUGCCAGUGGAAUACAACUGGGUGGGAGACAACGAAGACCUGGCCAAGCUGAAGAGAGAGAGCAGGAGAGAGAAUUCUCUGAUGCAUUUUGAGAGCGAAGACAAGACCUCACACGAAGACUUCCUCCUGGGUCGGAGCCUGAGUCAGAACAGGAGGAAGACCGAGCGAGGAGCCAGCCCGACCCAUUACACACUCGUCCCUGCCCUCCAGAUGGAAGUCUCCCGGUCCACGUCUAGCUCUGACUCUGCAUCCUUGUAUCACGUUUUUGAAAGAUCCUCAUUGCUUUCAAGAUCAAAGAAAAAGGGUAAAGCUGGAAGUCCUCUCACUUCAAUCAGCAAACGGCGGAUUUCCUGCAGGGACUUGGGUCAGGGCGACUGUCAGGGCUGGCUGUGGAAAAAGAAAGACGCUAAAACUUAUUUUUCGCAGAAGUGGAAGAAGUACUGGUUCAUCCUGAAAGACACGUGUCUGUACUGGUACAUGAAUGAGGAGGAUGAGAAGGCGGAGGGCUUCGUCAGCCUACCAGAGUUUAAGAUAGAUCGUGCCACUGAAUGCAGAAGGAAGUUUGCUUUCAAGGCUUGCCAUCCGAAGAUAAAGACCUUCUACUUUGCUGCGGAAAAUGUAGACGACAUGUCCCGGUGGCUUAGUCGUCUCAGUAUGGCAGUGGCAGGCUACUCUGAGCAGCAGGAGAAAAUGCGCCAAGACCAAGAUUACUGGAGUGAGAGUGAUCAUGAGGACAUGGAAAUGCCCUCAAUGUCCAAACAGGACAGUCCACCACCACCUUAUGACACCUAUCCCAGAGCAUCCUCAGUGAGUCCUUACCUUGAACCGAAACGCGGGCAUCUCUCCUCCUCUGACACCUUUCAGUCUCGUUCUUCUCACGAGGAGUUCCGCUCGGAGCCUCAGGAAGGCAGCAGCAACAAUGGCAUCUCCCCCGGGCCAAAGACGAGCAGCCAUCGAAACUCGUGGCACGACCAGAUGGAAAGCAACACACGGAUGCACUACCUCCAGACGUUUCCCAUGGAGGAAUCCUUGUUAUCCCAGGACAGGGACCAGUUGGCGAUGGAGUACCGCAGGCAGGCCACGCUGCCUGCACAGCGCAGUCUGCUGCAGGAACAGUACAGAGCCCUGCCCUUGCCCCUCAGGGCCAGUAUUGAUUCAGAGGUAGGAGGGAAACCUCGCAGCUUCACACUUCCCAGGGACAGCGGCCUCCAUGCUAUCCUGGCUGCCACUGCUGCUUCUGAUCAGGGGGAACCGCAGCACUAUCCACUGGACCGGUCCAGGGAUGCAGGCCAUGGACGUGACUGCAGGAUGCAGACGGACUCUCUGGUGGAUUUGUACCGUGCCCUGGAGCAGACAAACCUGUCUGAUCACAGACCAGCCAACCGCCUGGAAUACAAGCGCUCGUUUGUCCGCCGAGUUAACGACCCCCUGCUGAAUGACAAACUUCACCGCUUACGAAUUCUCCACAGUUCACUCAAUAACGUCCCCCUUCAAGACACAAAUCGAUCGUUGGGUUUUUUAGGGUAGCCUGUUGAGAAUCGGUGUGGCGGUGACAACUAAGCUAUAACACCUCUGUCUGCACUUCACACAGCUGGUGUCCCAGUGACAGAAAUGAAAGGCACCAAAAACCAUUGUUUACCUUCUUGGUUCUCCAUCUCCUCUCCUUUACAACACCUUCAACUGCAGUCCACUUGCAGGAGCACAAAGACUCGCUAUCCCUAUUUGCCUCAUCGCUUUCUUUUUAGGAUGAGGGCUUUAACAAAAGGCAAAAAAAGAUGCCUGGCUUGAUGAAAUAAGUUAUAGGUCCCCAGGGUUUAUGGCAAAUAAGCACUUUGAUUCCAUGUCAGAAAUUUGUCAGAGAGGUUUUUAAAUCAUUGCUCACGUGCAUGGCCACGUCCCUUUGCUUCUGUUGAGUUGUUUGAACAUUAUGCUGGAGUUGUGUGCAGCUGCUCAUUGUGCACAACAUUUGGUUAUGCAUGUGUGUUUGAUUCAUGGGUAUGUUUGUUGUACGAGUGUAC